GAACUUUUAUACAUAAUGCCCAAGAGCGUAGAAAGAUGAUAACCCGUCUGAAGAACUGGCCGCGCCUGCUGAGCCGCUUCGUCCUGCAACUGAAGAACGCCCGACACUCCAUCCACCAGUUCACCCACCUGGCCGGCCGCCUCCAGCGUCCGCCUAAAUCCGGCAAAUCCUCGCGGGAUCCCUACCUCGUCACGGCGGUGCAGGGAAGAUCCAAGAAGCCGCGAUAUCCGGGAGAGCGGGCCAAUCAGCGGUUCGGGGAGGACAGCUGGUUCGUCAGCUCCACGCCGCUGGCCGAGGUGAUGGGCGUGGCCGACGGCGUGGGCGGGUGGCGGGAUGUUGGCGUGGAUGCGGGUCGCUUUGCCAAGGAGCUAAUGACCUGCUGUUCCGGGCAGACGCAGCGCUCGGGCUUCGAUGGACGCAGUGCCCGAAAUUUGCUCAUCGCCGGCUUCCAGGAGUUGACCCACCGGGAGCAGCCUGUUGUGGGAAGCAGCACUGCCUGCCUGGCGACAAUGCAUCGGAGGGACUGCAUCCUGUACACCGCCAAUCUGGGCGACAGUGGCUUCUUGGUAGUGCGAAACGGACGGGUGUUGCAUCGCUCCGUGGAGCAAACCCACGACUUCAACACGCCCUAUCAGCUGACAGUGCCGCCGGCGGAUCGGCAGGACUGCUACUACUGCGACAAGCCGGAAAUGGCCGUGUCCACGAGGCACUCCUUGCUGCCGGGCGACCUUGUGCUCCUGGCCACCGAUGGCUUGUUCGACAACAUGCCCGAGAGCAUGUUGCUCAAGAUAUUGAAUGGUUUAAAGAAGCGUGGGGAGCGAGAUCUUCUGCAGGGCGCCAACCAGGUGGUGGAGAAGGCCAGGGAACUGUCCUUGAAUGCCACUUUCCAGUCGCCCUUCGCCAUCAAGGCCAGGCAACACAAUGUUCCCUACUCCGGCGGUGGGAAACCCGAUGACAUCACCCUAAUCCUGGCCAGCGUUGAGGUGCCAAGUGUCUAGUCAUGUCAGCAGUCAUUCUGUCGCCAGCAAGUGUCUCCGGCAAAUAUUAGUCCGUGUCCAUCAGCAGUCGGCGAUGAAAACCCAAAUAUACUUUGUUUAUAAAGAUAUCGGUCCUCAAAUAUACAUCAACUGGCAAGUUAUGACGAAAACGUAGAUUAAAAAUAUCAGAUUUUUUACAAAAA